UACCCACAUUCGGACCUAAUCAACCCUAAUCUUUCGUCAGAAUACCAAAAGUGUUCUCUUCCUCCAUCCUCUCCAUCUCUCCAAUGGCGUCGAUCUUUGUGCUUUGAUCUCGCUCUGUCUUCCUCUGAUCCUAAGCCCCUACUCUUCGAGACCUUUUCUCUGUAGAGAAGACUCGUUUCUGAGCUUUUAAGUCAAAACUGUCUAUAUAUUGCAAAGAUGGUGCUUCUCAUGACUUUUUUGCCUUCAUGGGAAGCAAAAUGUUGGAAGAUUUGAUCAUAUUGCAUCAAAAAAGACGACUUGUGAAGUUGUAUUUGUUACCACAUGGAGGACCACUCUUUUGUUGUCGGACAAGAGUUCCCGGACGUCAAAGCCUUCCGGAAUGCAAUUAAAGAAGCUGCAAUUGCACAACAUUUUGAGCUACGUAUUAUAAAAAGUGACCUGAUUCGUUACUUUGCAAAGUGUGCCACCGAGGGUUGUCCGUGGCGCAUCCGUGCAGUUAAGCUUCCUAAUGCCUCGACCUUCACAAUAAGAAGCCUUGAAGGAACACAUACGUGUGGGAGAAAUGCACAAAACGGGCACCAUCAGGCUUCUUUAGAUUGGAUUGUGAGUUUUAUAGAGGAACGAUUGCGGGACAAUAUUAACUACAAACCAAAGGAUAUACUCCAUGACAUCCAUAAACAAUAUGGGAUCACUAUACCAUAUAAGCAAGCUUGGCGAGCGAAAGAACGUGGGCUUGCAGCAAUUUAUGGUUCUUCUGAGGAAGGGUAUUGCCUACUUCCUUCAUACUGCACACAAAUAAAGAAGACUAACCCUGGGAGUAUGGCAGAGGUGUUUACCACUGGUGCUGAUCACCAGUUCCAGCGGCUUUUUGUUUCAUUUUAUGCAUCCAUAUAUGGGUUCCUGAAUGGUUGCUUGCCUAUCGUGGGACUUGGUGCUAUCCAGCUUAAAAGCAAGUACCUAGGUACCUUACUUUCUGCAACUUCUUUUGAUGCUGAUGGUGGGUUAUUUCCACUUGCAUUUGGUGUUGUUGAUGUAGAAAGUGAUGAGAGUUGGAUGUGGUUCUUGUCAGAGUUGCAUAAGGCGCUUGAGAUAAACAGUGAAAACAUACUACAGCUCACAUUUUUGUCAAAUGAACAAAAAGGAAUUGUAGACGCAGUAAGAAGGAAAUUCCCAAAUUCUUCUCAUGCAUUUUGCGUGCGUCACUUGAGUGAAAGCAUUGGCAAAGAGUUUAAGAAUUCUAGGCUUGUCCAUCUUCUGUGGAAAGCUGCAUAUGCCACCACCACCGUUGGUUUCAAACAAAAAAUGGCUGAAAUUGAGGAGGUUUCUCCUGAAGCCGCAAAGUGGAUUCAACAGUUUCCUCCUUCGCGCUGGGCGUUAGUGUACUUUGAAGGAACUCGUUAUGGUCAUCUAUCUUCAAAUAUAGAAGAGUUUAAUAGAUGGAUUCUUGAAGCCCGAGAGUUGCCCAUAAUCCAGGUGAUUGAGGUGAUUCACAGUAAAUUGAUGGCUGAGUUUGAGGAUCGACGUAUAAAAAACAGUUCAUGGUUUUCUGUACUUGCCCCAUCUGCUGAGAAGCAUAUGAUGGAGGCUGUCAACCGUGCUUCCACAUAUCAAGUCCUUCGAUCAGAUGAAGUAGAAUUUGAGGUUAUAUCUGCCGAGCGAUCAGAGAUUGUGAAUAUUGGGACCCAUUGUUGUUCAUGUCGUGAUUGGCAGCUUUAUGGAAUACCGUGCUCACAUGCUGUUGCGGCCCUUAUUUCUUGUCGGAAGGAUAUAUAUGCCUUCACCGAGAAGUGCUUCACCGUUGCUAGUUACCGUGAGACAUAUGCGGAGGAGAUACGCCCUAUACCUGGCAAAGUUGAAUGGAGAAGGGCAGAUGUGACUCCCAUGGACGACGACAUUCAAGUUGUGCGGCCGCCUAAGUCUCGCCGGCCACCAGGACGCCCCGAAAAGAAACGAAUUUGUGUAGAGGACCUUAAUCGCGAGAAACAUACUGUUCAUUGUAGUCGGUGUAACCAAACUGGACAUUAUAAGACAACUUGCAAGGCAGAGAUCAUGAAGGGUAUUGAACAGUUUUAGCCUUUAGGCGUCUAAUUUUGUACCUUGUAGAUCACCCUGUAAUCUCUAGUAAUGUAGUGUUGCUCUAUGUAGGCCAUACUUCUCAUUCAGGUCAUGUAAAAUAGGAGAUCUCAUUAGUACUUCCGAAUGUAUGUUAAAAUGGAAUGACUUUUGAGGAAAGGUAGAUACUAGUAGUUUCAAACAGGUUAAGGUCCUCUUUUCUCUA